AUGAUUAUCUACACUGACAUCGUUUCCGGUGACGAGAUCGUCGCCGACACUUUCAACCUUGUCCCCAACAAGGAGUUCGAUGUCCUCUGGGAGUGUGACUGCCGCAAGUACUUGAAGCGCGCCAACGAGGACUUCCAGCUCGAGGGCGCCAACCCCUCCGCUGAGGAGGGCGGUGAUGAUGAGGGUGGCGAGGGCGAGGCCACCAUGGUCCACGAUAUCGAGGACCAGUUCCGUCUGCAGUGGCUCAAGGUUGAGGACGGAGCCAAGCCCUCCAAGGAAAGCUACAAGACUCACAUCAAGUCCUACAUCAAGAAGCUCCACAAGAAUGUGGCACCCAAGUUCGCUGAAGCGGAAGAUCCCGAGAAAGCCGAAAAGCUAUGGAAGACUAAGAUCGCUGGUGCCAUGAAGAUGAUUCUUGCUAACUGGGACAACUACGAUGUCCUUAUGGGCCAGUCCAUGGAUGGCGAUGCUAUGCACGUGCUCAUUGACUUCCGCGAAGAUGGUGUCACCCCCUAUGCUACCGUCUGGGCUGACGGUCUCAAGCCGAUGAAGGUCUAA